AUGAUUCAUACUGGCAAGCAGGAUCCAACGGCUAGUCUUGGGCAUGCUCAAACUGUCGUACUCGAUUUGGCGGAUGGCCUCCUCGAAUGUCAUCGAACUGUAGUAGUUGACAACUUCUUUACAAGUAUUUCUCUCGCAGAAAGCUUAUUACAAAAUGAUACUUAUCUUAUUGGAACACUAAGAAGCAAUCGCGCUGGAUCGGGACAUGGUGUAGUUCAGAAAAAGCUUAAACGUGGUGAAGUUUAUGGGCUUCAGAGUAACAAUGGUAUAAAACUAAUCAAGUGGAAAGAUAAACGAGAUGUUUUGAUGAUAUCCACAAAACCAUCGCAUUCGGCAACGUUGGUAGACACUGGAAAACCCGAUAAAGCCAAUGAACGCAUCAUGAAACCACCAGUUGUUCUCGAUCAUCUAAGAUCCUCGCAACCUAUACCAAUUACUAUGGACUUCAAUCGGUUACAACCGCAUCUUAUUAUCUUCGAGAGCUCAUCUGAAGGCUUCUGA